UUUUCCCCCCACUCUUUUCCAUCCAUCGCAUACACUACUCGCAUACACGCCCAUCGACGUACGAUCCGACGUGGCGUCACGGCUUAAACGGCGAUAACCAUAAAUCCUUGCAAUUCCACCCUAAAAACUUUUCUCCUCCGUCCCGCCAGACACUCGAGGUGAAUUCCCUUUUGCAAGAGAGAGACAAAAAAAAAGAAAAAGAGAAAAGAAACAGAGGGGAAAAAGAAAAAGAAAAAGAGAAGAAAAAAAAGUAGUCCGUGGUGGCGGCGGUGCAAUCGGUACUCUAACUCUCACUGGUCAAUCGUUCUGUUCUGUGCGCUGCCUGUCCUGCGCUUCUGGUUCGCGACUCUGUGGUGGUAUUCUGUGGGUCGGCUGCUCUCUACCGGUGUGCCUGCUUCCGGUUCCUCUUGUUCCGGCCCCCCAAAAAAGGAGUUGCAACAGCGUGUUGUGUUCCAGCAACACGCCGCCCUGAUCGGCGGCCCCAACGCGACCAGCUGUCCCGUCUGCCACAAACUCUUCCUCGGUGGCGAAGCUCUCAUGGAGCACAUGAAGCACACCCACAAGGACCCGAAUGCCUCCGGCGUUGCCAUUCCCUCCGCUGACUGCACAACCUCCGUUGCCGGGGUUUACCUAGCGAAGCGACGGACCGCCAACCACCCGUGUCCAGUGUGCGGAAAACACUACGUCAACGAGGGUAGUCUUAGGAAACACCUGGCCUGCCAUCCUGAGACCAGUCAACUUAGCACAAGCCUCAGAAUGUGGCCGUGCUCGGUGUGCCAAGCCGUCUUCACUCACGAGAGCGGUUUGUUGAGUCACAUGGAGCACAUGAGAAUGGACCCCAAGCAUCAGUUUGCGGCGCAAUACGUUUUAAGUCGCGCCGCCGCCGAGAGGCGAGAGAGAGAAAUCCUCGCGUCUUCGAGUUUAGGUGCGGGAUUGGGAGUGUUGGGAAGUCAAACAGGCGGACCUCAAAAUUUGCAACAACCACCAAUGUGCCCUUCGCCGUCGGCUCAUUCGGACAGCAGCAGUGGAAACGGAAGAUUAUCGUCAGCCGGUAGUGAACCUGACUUUUGCGCAGGUACCGGUCUGCUGAAUAACAACAACAAUAACAACAAUAACAACAUGGCGUCACCGGGGCCGAGCGGUAACAAGCUGAGCGAGAUGCUACGGGCUGGAAGUCAACCGGGCUCCGCGCAACAAUACCACGACGAGAUGCAGUCGCAGCAACAACGCAUGACGGCAGUGAUGGCCGCCGCCGCCGUGUCAGCGGGUUUGCAAAAUUCGGUGUCACCGAAUCUGUCGCCGGUCGACAUGGCGUCCCUGGCGGCUGCGAUGAGGAUGGGCAACAACGGUGACAUGAGCGGUGGCGCCCAAGGAUCGACGGGUCCCCAGCAACAGGGAGUACAAGCUACCGGACCGGAACAAACUCUGAGGAUGCAUCAGGCGGAAGCGUUGCUGCGCUCUCAAGCCGAAGCCGCGCUCAGGCUGGCUGUGUCGCAAGCAGCAGCGGCGGCUGCCAGUUCCGCGGUCGGUGGAGACAUGAGACAUCAUUUGGGCCAGCAUAACGGGGGUAGCACCUCCGGCAUGCCUGGACACCACACGAAUCAACAGAUGUCUCAGCAAGACACCUUACCGCCUGAUCUCGGGGAAGCGCUGCGAUUGCAAGAGCAGCGAUUGGAACAAGCCUUGAGGCUUCACGGUGAUCCUCGGGCCUUGAGUUUCACCCUCCAGCACGUGGUCAAUCAGCAGAACAAUCAGCAACCAUGAAAAUUCAGUUACUACUGAGACGAGUGGACCCCUUGGACGUCGGAUCAGACGGGCCUGCAGCAGCAAGUCGAGCGACUGAAUCAGCAACCCCUUCAAGGGGUUGUCGAGCGGCAGUUGACGCUCAACGAGCAA